GGUGUAGUUGGUGCUCUGACUACCACAUAUAUUGUGUGUGUCAGCCUCCACCUGCUGCUUCACUCAACAUGUCCAGCAGUGUAGAGGAAGCUGUGGAGUUCCUCGUCAGGAAUGCAAACCACCGACCUCGGGACAUUGAUAAGGUGGAGAUGAAGCGCUUUGUACAAGUGCUUCAAACAGCCUCAGUCAACGGCCUAAAUUCUAGACAGAUUAUGACUUUGUCAACCAAUGUUGUUUUCACAAAUGCCUAUGAUGUACUAACUCGUCGAAAAUUACUUUACUCCUUGAUACCAGAAGGUCAUGACUUUCCCUACCGUCUGAUUCCGCUGGCUAUCUCUUCAGCAACUGUUAUUCCAGUGAGUCCUGCAUGGCAACAUGCUAUACUGUCCUGGCUGGGGGCACUACUGGAGUAUGGCAUCCUCAGUCCUCACCACAAAUAUGUACACAUCUGUUAUCCUGCAGUUUUUGCCUUGCUCUCCCACCUGAACCUGUGUGGUUUGGCUUGCAAGGUGCUCUACUACAUAACACUGCGUGAAGAUGUCAGUCAGAGUCGGGCACAACACUUGAUGAGAAUGAAAAAAACAAAGCCUGGAUUUUUUAUAAAUAUCUCCCAACUACUGAGAAUUUACCACCUCUUCCGUCCUGAUCUAGUGGUUGGUGAGCUGUCUCACAGGAGGGUUGUACCAAGCACUCCACAUCCCAUGAAAGUUGCUCUCUUAGCAGCUAGACUGCGGCUGCAAGAAAAUUCAGAAAGUGAUAUUUUGCAAGAGAGUAACAAUGUUUGGCCUGACAGAAAUCAAGUGGAAAAGGUAAAUCCCUAUCAGCGAAAGACAGCCAUCCCUCAACCGGAUACGAACUUUUAUACUUCUAAAGUAGAAGAGAAGAAAGAGAAAGUUAUAUUUGUUACACAGUAUCGAAGGUUUACAGAGCUUGUACGUGGCAUGGAAGACUAUUACUUUUGGCAGUGGCCCAACAACCCAGCAACUCAUUUAUCCAAACCCAUCAUUAUUCCUUUAUUCCGACCACAUCAGCAACAUAUUUUUGUAGGCCUCACAAACUGGCUUGAGUUUGCACUACGAAGCGAGGUGAUAGGAGGAGUUGGUAACCCAAGCUCAGAGCGGUGUGAAAAGUUGCUAAAUGCAGCGUAUAAUUUGGUUUGCUGCAUGGGGGGCAGAUCUGUUCCUGUUAUUGACAACUUUAUAACAGAGUUAAUUAUGAAAUGGGAUGAAAAAACACACUUUGAUAAGGUAAUCAUUGUCUUAAGUUUUUUCUUACACCAUUAUAAAUAUUUUAUUUAUAAUGCCACACAAGUAGUCUUUGUCAGGUACAGUGAAAUCCCAGAUAUCGGCCAAAUCGGAUUUGGCUACUUUUUGGGCCGAAAUUCUGUCCUGGAUUUCGGCCGGCCACUCGGAAAUUGGCUGUAUUGGACGCAUCCGCCCGCCACUCCGCCACAUUUGUGUGCAAUAAUAUGUUUAUAUUUUAUUCAUGGUAAUAUUAUUAUUAUUAUUCUGAUGUUUAUAAUAACUUCUGCAGCAGAUGAUCAGGUGUGGCCUCAACGAUUAACAUGUGAAGCUUCGAUUGUUGGCAUAUGGUUCCUCACAUUAAGAAUGGAGCGAAUCUUCCUUAAGUCUUUGAUAGACUUCAAAUGUCAUCCAUUGGCCAUUCACUAUAUCCUUGACUACUAUAUUAAGUUGAAUAUGCAUACUGAGGUGCUGAAGCUUCCAGUAGUAUUUUUACCUCCAGCUGCCAUGACUCUCACUAUUCUGACCAAGGGAGACCUGAUGACAACCCAUCGUUUGGGAAGGCUCAUAUCUAGCAUGAGGACAGCUAUGCAGCGCUUGAUGAACAUGGAAACCAAGGGGCCAGAGGCAGCAAUACAAGAGGAAUGCAAAACCAAGGCAGAAAAUAUCAAUGCAUGUGUUAUCCUCUUCAUUAGUGGUGUAUAUAAUGCUAAGGCCCUAAGAACAAAAUGGGUAAGAAUGCUGGGCCCUUUAUAUCCAUUCCACUUGCAGAGUGCAUUGAAAAGAGUAAAUACCUGUAGCUAUGCUGCAGUAACAGAUGCACUUGCAUAUCUUCCCUUUUUCACCAAGUACUUGGUUGACACUGAAGAAGCUUGGAGUGCAAAAGAAAAAGAAGAGGUGCGGGACAAAGUACUUGCCGAGUUGCAGGAAGCUGGAUUAACAGGAAUUAAGGAGUGUGUGAAUGUUUACACUAAAGGAUAAUUGUCAUCCUACAUGUUCCAUUUACCUCUGAUCUGUUAUCUAUUAUACUUAGUGUGGCACUGUAUGACCCUUGUAGGUUUAGCACUUCUUUUUUAUUAUAAUAUAUUUAGCAGUGGUAAUCAGGGGCAAUUCCAAUUGUGUGCCAGUCCUUCACUGGCAUCAAGAGACUGAAAAGAUAAUUCACACUGGCAGUAUUGCUUAAUCUUGCAUUUUGGGGAAGGAGCUAAACUUGUAUGGGUCAUACAUUGUAUGGAGAAUGAGAUGUAAUCAGGUUUGAUCUGAUUUCUACCCUUCACAGGAGAUGCCUUGAUGGUGAGGGGGGUUGUGAUACAAGGAAUUGGACCUAUCUUCCUUUUCCUUGGAUUGAACCCAGAUUACUUCCAAGUCCUUCAAGCACUGUAUGACCCUAUUGGUAUAGUUCACUUUCCCAAUGAAUGUAACGACCAACUGUCUAGUUCCUUUCAUCAAAGGCCCUUCAGCACCAUGAGCAUUAAGCUUAAAUGGAAAGUAAUCGGGUUUCAUCCAAGGAAGGAAAACUCGAUUCCUUCCUUGGAUGAAACCUGAUUACUUGCCAUUUGAGUUUAAUGCUCAUGGUUGUCUUAAUGUAAAAUAUGUGCUAAACAGCUCGAGAAAAAUACACAUGGUAAUAGGAUGUUGGAUGCAAGGAUUAUAGUCUGUAUAAAAGUUAUAAAACUAACUACAGGACAAACUUUUCAUCAGUGAAACACAUGGCAGCAGUGGUUGAAGUCUGGACUUUGGUACAUCAUUUGCAAGUGGGCUAUGCAGCUUCACGAGUGGGCUCACCUGUCUUUGGGUCAAUCUCUGCACUACUUUCAGCAAAGCCCAGAUGGUGGUGUAUGUGAUGGCAGAAGACUGUAUGACCUUUGUGGUUUUUACACUUAGUUAUGAUUAUAAAGUUAGAGAAAACUGCCAUCUUCUAACAUCACAUGCACCUCAUCUGACCUCCAUUGAACGUAGUGCAGGGUUUGGGUCAAAAGCAGAUGAAUAAACUGUUGAAGAUGCAUGCCCCCCCCCCCCCCACACACACACACACACACUUGUAAUUCUACAAAAGUUCAGACAUUGAUCUUUUGCCAUGAUUUGAUCAAAAGUUUGUCUUGCAGCUGGCAUCAUAACACUGCAGACUGGAAAGAAAUACAAAGAAUAUGUAAUCAUUUAUAUGUAUUUUAUUUACUAAACUUCAAAAAUGCUGUUUGUUUCUUGAUGCUAGUGAAAGACUAAGACAUCCCAAGGAUGUGAUUAGGAUAACCACUAAACAGAGCCUGGGGAAUGAAAGCAAUCAAAUUUGAUCCAAGGAGGAGGGAAAGUUCAGUUCCUUGAUGAGCCAUUCACCAGCAAGGAAAUCGCUUAGAAGAGUCUUAAUAUUGGUCGAGGCAGUUUGUUCAAGGAGCUGGACUUAUCCUUUCUUUGGAUCAAAUUGAUUGUCUUCCAUUACCCAGGUACUGUGGCCUCUACAGGUUUAAUACUUCCCCCCCUGAUUAAAUUAAAAGAUAUAAGGAAUUUGGUGCUCCCUUAAAUCAUUAAAUUAAUUGGUUAGCACUUGCCCAUAAUUAUAGAGAUUGGACAGAAUGGCAAACACUUAGAAAAUAGAAAUGGUGUUCCUUUGUCUCACCCAACAUGGUAUCAUACAUUUUAUCUGCUGCCUUACAUAGUCCACAAGGAGUAUUAUAGUCACAGAGGAGUGCUAAACCUGUAGGAUUAUACAGUGCAUGUGGGGUGGGGGAUGGAAGGUAUUCAGGCAGCUGGAGCAAAACAAUUCCGAGUGACUAGCAGAGUAUUGUCCCAUGGGCUAUAGAGGUAAAAUUGAAAGCCCAUGUAUGAGGCUAUUGACCAUGUGGUAUGGGACAAUUGAUCCAUGAUUAUGUCAGGCAUCAAUAUAUGGUCUGCUUGUUCGAAACUGUCACCAGACUAACAAAAGUGAGAUGCUAGAACUUGUUAAACUUAUCAUCAUCUAACACAAUGGGAUGGUUGUUUGUGUAUCCAAGUAAGAGGUGAUUACUGAGCACAAUUUAGUAACCUUACUACACAAGCACUGACAUCAUUCCAUGUAGAUUCCAUAAACCAUUCUUUCAUAUCUGCUGUAUACUUGAUAAAGCCCAAUGUGGGAAGAAUGUAAAGGGUAUUUUUAACAAUCAUUAAUUCUGAACUUACAAAUCUUUAAAUAAUUAUAAAGGUUUUAUAUUUAGCAUCUAUAUUACACAAAUAACCCAUACAUAGAAGAGGAGCUCACGAUGACAUUUCAGUUCGACUUAGACCAUUUACAAAGUCACACUAACAGAAGAGAGACGGGGGCAGUAUAUAUAGGCCAGCAGACAAGGACGGGACAAGAGAGGUAGUAAGACAGGAAGUAGAGGUAGUAAUAGUGGAGUCAGACCAAGAAGAGCACUGCAGGAGAGCUAGGGGCCCACAAAGGGUAAGAACAAAAACAAGGAGAGGGGGGACCUAGCUCUCCUGCAGUGCUCCUCUUUCUUAGUCUGACUCCACUAUUAUUACCACUACUUCCUGUCCUGCUACCUCUUGUUUCAUCCCUGUCUGCUGGCCUAUAUGUACUGCCCCCCUUCUCUCCUCUGUCAAUGUGACUUUGUAAAUGGUCCAAGUCAGACUGAAAUGUUGUAAGCUCCCCUCUCUUGUAUGUGCUGGUUAUUUGUGUAUUCCAGUCAUAGUAUUGUGCCUUUUUGUUAUUUAGCAUCAUAUAUAUUCCUUUCCUAACUUGCUACACUUAUAUAAUGAUAAUCUAGCAAUGAGCACUUAGUGUAUUAUAUCUAGCAUGUAUUCUAAGCACAAAAUAUAAUUUGUUGUACAUUU